CGGGGAUUAGAAGAGUUUCUUACGUCUGUUUCAAAAGUGCUUCUAGCUCUUGGCAGAAGUGGCCGGUUCGCGAAGGAAUCACUUUCCACAAUAUUGUCUAGGAGGAAAGAUGGGAGACGUGAACGCCUGCCUCCGAGAGUUCCCAACAUUCUCAUUCAGAAGGCAACGAAGGGUUGAAGUGAGGCUGUGGAUCUCAACACGCCAGCUUUUGCAGAUACCCGAAGGCCAAGCGAGGACUCCGAACCCUAACGUGACUACUUGGUCAAGCGAAGGAAGGCGCGGACCGAGCGAGUAAACUACACUUCCCAGCAUGCCAGAGGGGUGGGCCCCGCGGCUGCGCAGACGGAUACGCGACGGUCCUGGGAUUUCAGCAUGGCUGUGUUCGCGGAUUUGGACCUGCGAGCGGGUUCCGACCUAAAGGCGCUGCGCGGCCUGGUGGAGAACGCAGCUCACCUGGGCUAUUCGGUUGUUGCCAUCAAUCAUGUUGUUGAAUUUAAGGAAAAGAAACAGGAAAUUGAAAAACCGGUAGCUGUUUCUGAACUCUUUACAACUCUGCCAAUGGUACAGGGAAAAUCAAGACCAAUUAAAGUUUUAACUAGACUGACAAUUAUUGUUUCGGAUCCAUCUCACUGCAAUGUUUUGAGAGCAACGUCUUCAAGGGUCCGGCUGUACGACAUUGUUGCAGUUUUUCCAAAGACAGAAAAACUUUUUCAUGUUGCUUGUACACAUUUAGAUGUGGAUUUAGUCUGCAUAACUGUAACAGAGAAACUACCGUUUUACUUCAAAAGACCCCCUAUUAAUGUGGCAGUUGACCGAGGUGUGUGCUUUGAACUUGUCUACAGCCCUGCUAUCAAAGAUUCCACAAUGAGAAGGUACACAAUUUCCAAUGCCCUCAAUUUGAUGCAAGUUUGCAAAGGAAAGAAUGUGAUUAUAUCUAGUGCUGCAGAAAGGCCUUUAGAAAUAAGAGGCCCAUACGAUGUGGCAAACCUAGGAUUGCUGUUUGGGCUGUCUGAAAGUGAUGCCAAGGCUGCAGUGUCGACUAACUGCCGAGCAGCGCUUCUGCACGGAGAAACGAGAAAAACUGCUUUUGGAAUUAUUUCCACAGUGAAGAAACCUCGGCCAUCAGAAGCAGAUGAGGAUUCUCUUCCAGCUUGCAAGAAAGCCAAGUGUGAGGGCUGAAAAGAAUCCCCGGUCUCUGUCAACACUCCCUUCUUCCCUUUGAUAAUCCAUCAGUCACAACAGAAACAAAACCUUUAUGACUUACUAUUUUCAUUCAGAGCUAGAACUCAGCAGUCUAUAAAAACAAUUUUAUAUUCAAGCCAUUAAAAUAACAAAACCUAGUGAAGCAGUAAAAAAGACGACUGCCCACUUAAUUAAUUUAGAUAUAUUUUGAGAGAAAGAGACAAGUUUAUUUAUUUUUUGUGUUAAGUGAUAAAACGGCAGAUAUAACUGAAUAAGAUAUUUCAGGAGGAGACUCCUUAAAAAUGUUUCUUCUUGGGCAGCCUUGGUGGCUCAGCAGUUUAGCGCCGCCUUCAGCCCAGAGUGUGAUCCUGGAGACCUGGGAUCGAGUCCCAUAUUGGGCUCCCUGCUCAGUGAGGUCUGCUUCUCCCUCUGCCUGUGUCUCUGCCUCUCUCUCUCUCUCUCUCUGUCUCUCAUAAAUAAAAUAAAAUCUUAAAAAAAAAAAAAGUGAAUGCAUCUGCAUUUAAAAAAAAAGUUCUUCAUUUAAAAAUACAUGCUUUGCUGCUUCACUUCAUAUACAUGGCUUAUUAUUUUUUUAAUCUUACCAUUCAAAAAGGGGUUAUUUUGAGGCCUAUGAAGACUUACUAAGGGGUUGGCUUUUAGUUGACUUAUUUCUAUUGUAAGCCUGUCCUUGUAUUCAUCAAGUCAGAGUUCUUUCUGAAAACAAUUGCUAUAAAAUUUUUGGAAGGAGAGAGAAAAGUAUAUGUAAAAUUACACAUGGCCUCUUCCUCUCUGCUGGUUUUACCUCCAUGAUGUUCUUGAAAUAGAAUUCCCUCCUUUGAUUGGAAGUCUCUAAAAACCUAAUAUUGAUUUUCCUCAUAGUAGUACUAAAAAUAUCAAACCAUUGUACUCAACCAACUCUGAAAAAAAAAUUUUUUAUGUAGCAUAAUCAUUCAGUUAAAUGGAAGUAGCCUUUUUUGCAAGUGUCUGUAUUCAUGUUAUAUUGAUAUAAAAAAAAUAACUUCAGUGAGAAAAGCAACAGUAUUCUGAGAAAAAAGAUAAUUUUUAAAAAAGCUUUAUAUCAGUCUCACUUAUGAAUAUAGAUUCUUAAAUAAAAUAUUGGUAAAGAGAGGCCAUUAAAAUAAUAUACCAUGACAAGUGAGAUUUAUUCUAGGAAUAUAAGGAUAUUUCAGUUCUUUUUAAUGUACUGUAUUUCAUCAUAUUUAUUAAUCAGAUGAGAAAAAUCAGAAUCCUUUUAACCGGUGCAAGUAGGACAUUUGAUAAAACUUAAAAUCCACUCCUGCCAUAAAACCAAGUAGUAGAAUAUUUCACACACACAUAUGUAUGUCUGUAUAUAUUUGUAUAUUGUAUGUAGUAAGCAUGAUGUCUCUAAGAGCAUUUUUGUGUGCCUUCCACUUGAGCAAUUUGAUGGAUUAGUCAACUCCAUUCCCUCCGUAAAACUGAUGUGGCCACCGCUGAGCCCACACGCUGCAGUCCACCACUUCCUCCAGGACUAGCUUACUUUUGCCCCCACCCCACUUGAACUCACCAAAAGUGAAUGUGCUUUAUUCUCAAGUCUGUUUAUACUACUGUGGUUAGCAUUGUAAAGUUAUAUACAUCAACUAAAAAUUACAAAAACUGUUGCACUAUGAAGGACGAAAAAAGAAUUCCCAGGAAUUUCAAGCUUUUGAAAGACUUAAAAAAGAUGAGCCAUUAAAAAAAUCUGCCAAAAUAGGUGUGAACAGGACAACUAAGAUUUGGGGUUUGGGGAGUGCAGUAAAAAUUCCACACUUGGAUUGUUUCA